AUGAACGGGUAUCUAAAACCGACACUGCUAGUACUAGGAUUGGUGUCUCUGGCGUAUGCUUUCACCACUAUUGAAACAGAGAUUUUUCAAUUACAAAACGAAAUAAAUACGAAAUAUGGCUCAGAAAUGAACUUCUAUAAAUUUUUGAAGUUACCUAAACUACAGAAAUCGAGUGCAAAGGAGAUCACCAAGAAUUUAAGAAGGCUGUCCAAGAAAUACCAUCCAGAUAAAAAUCCUAAGUAUCGCAAAUUAUACGAGAGAUUGAACUUGGCUACCCAAAUUCUUUCCAAUGGUUCCAAUCGUAAAAUUUAUGAUUAUUAUUUACAAAACGGGUUUCCCAACUAUGAUUUUCACAAAGGUGGGUUCUAUUUUACCAGGGUCAAGCCCAAGACGUGGUUUAUAUUGGCUUUCAUAUGGAUAGUCAUCAACAUUGGACAAUAUAUCAUUUCUAUUAUACAAUAUCGUUCUCAAAGAUCAAGAAUCGAAAACUUUAUCAGUCAAUGUAAGCAACAAGACGAUACCAAUGGACUAGGUAUUAAACAAUUGUCGUUCAAGCAAAACGAAGAGGACGAGGGGAAAAACUUGGUUGUGAGGUUUAGUGAUGUCUACGUUAUAGAGCCUGAUGGAAAUGAAACAUUGAUCUCUCCAGACACUUUAAACAAGCCUUCAUUGAAGAACUGUUGGUUUUGGAAAAUACCUGCCUCGGUAUGGAACGUUACUUUGGGUAGAUUUAUUGGCACUACCGUGGAAGAAGAAAUAUUAAAAGAUGUAAAAAAGACUGACGGUGACCAAACAAAGAAGGUAAGCAAGGUAAAAAAGACCUCUGUGAAGAAGGGCCAAAAAAAAAUGGAACUGCCUAACGGUAAGACAAUUUACUCACGCAAGUAA